AUGAAGUUUGCAGUCCUGAUCUUCGCCGUCAUGUCCCUGGCCCUCGUCAACGCCGCCACCAAGAAACCCAAGGGUGACGACCAAAACGGCAAAAUGGAGUUCACAAAGGAUAGUGUCAUAAAGGCGAUUGACAUGUUGAAUACGGCGAACUUUGAGGAAGCGGAUAACUACCUGGACUCCUUUCAGAAAUCGAAUGAAGCUUGGUUAAUUGCCGAGGAAAUACUUUCUCACCGGCCACACCAUGAAAUGCACAUUCUGACCUUCGCAGCCAUCAGUUUGGCCAAGAAAAUCAAGUAUAGUUUUCACUUGCUUGGAAGAUCCGAGCUUAGCUCUUUAAAGUAUUGCCUGGUAGAUCACCUGAUAAACGCAUCCAUGAUACCGGAUUCCAAGCCGUUGAUUGUGCAACUGGGAGUGUGCCUAUCGGUUUUGGGCCUGAUGACCUCCGAAUGGGACCACGAACUGCAGAGCUUUGUGCAGCGGCUGUCGGGCAGAGCGGAGCACGUGGUUGCUCUCCUGGAGGUCCUGAAGGUCCUGCCCGAAGAGACUCGGCCCUCGAAUCUCCCGCUCUCUGGGAGUCACCUAAAUUGCGUCUUUCAUGAGCUCCGCUUGCAGUCUUCCUAUGUGCUAAAUGUGCUGGAAGAACUCCUAGAGCGAACGGAUCUUCCCAGCUGUUGCUUGUCAAAGUGCUUGGCUGUUUGCGGUUCCUGGACAAAGUUUGGCCUGGUUUCACCCGAUCAAGUGCUGGAACGCAAACUCUUUCAGCGGGCUCAUGUCAUCCUGGCUGCCUCACUGGACGAAGGACACUCGGAGGCGGCGGAUUGCAUAGUGGCCAUGCUGGAGCAAUCGCUGGUCUCCAACAAUCUGGAUAAUCGUUUGGCUCAGAUGGUCGUUGGCCUACAGCCGGCCUUCAAUCGCUCCUUGAACAAUAUCCAACUGCUGCAAAACUAUUGCUAUAUAUUUGUCAAUCUUUUCAAGACCCACUUUCAAUUGACCAAAAGGGAUCCUACCAAAAUCCAAGAGAGAUUGACAACCAUCGAGCUAUUGCUACUGAUAGCCGAAAAAUGCCCAUUGGAGCUGGUUGAAACCUCACUGGAUAUGUGGUAUUUGCUAUCAGGGGAUAACCAGGUCGAUCCUAACUCGAACUCCCUAUACAAACCCUACUUCAUGCGUCUCCUAAAUCUGCUCUUUCCUCGCAGUCGUUUGCCAGCGAGUUAUGAGUCGAUUCUACCACCCGAACCCGAUUCCCUGGAUAUUCAUCGCUUUCGAGGAGUUAUGGCCGAGCUCCUGGUGGACGUGGCCCACUUGGUGGAUGUGGAAACCAUGGAGAUGCUGUACAAUAUCGUUAGGAACGAGCAGAGUCCCUGGGAAGAUGUGGAGGUGGCCCUGUUUUUCCUGCGUCACCUGAUGGGGCAGUUUAAGGAGCGCCAGACCCAGAUGAUCCUGAACAUUUUGGAUAGUGUAAAGGAUCGCCAGCAGGCCUUUAUACGCCUGCAAGUCCUGGAGUUGAUCUCCAUUCCGGAAACCGUCGAUAUCACUACCAUCUGGAAUUGUCUGGUCAGGGAACUGCAAAGGGACUUUCCCAUGCUGGCGGCCAUCGAGUCCCGCCUAAAGCUUCUGAUGCCUCAAUGUGAUUAUUUCAUAGUCCUGGCCACCAUGGUGGAUGAGUUCUGUUUGGUGGAGAGCGAUCGGUGUCGCCUUUUGGCACAUGUUUGCGCUUUAAUCAGGCAACUACCCCAAUCGGAUAUUUAUGAAGUUAAAAAGCAUAUGCUUAAUAUACAGUGGAAAGACUGCCCAGAUUAUGUACGAGAAAAUCGUAUCAAGGUGCUUCAGGCUAUUUAAAGAAG